UUGCGUGGGUGCGGCUGUACCCACAACGUUGCAUAUAGUUCCGUCCAAUUUCAUUCAUAUGGGCUAGAGACUCUGGUAUCUGGAAAACAAAUCUUGCAAAUCUACAAAAGGCACGCAUUAUCACUUAGCACUAUACUGUAUAUGACUGCAACAUGUAGAGUUGUAGACCCACACCACGAACGAAGAAACAAAGUACCAGGAUGCCCUCUAAACCAGCUAUAAAUACCGCAGCCCUUCACUUGUUCCCUCCCUUUUCCCCGCCCUCUGAUAAGCACAUAAUUACCAUCAUGUCCCUAAUGGCCUUCUCAGCAGGUUACAUGCCCUGCAUCGACGACAUCGACAUGCAAGUCUUCUCGGCGACGGCAACACCGCCACCGCCGCCGCAGGUGGGGUUCGUAUCCGACCCCACAGCCAUCCCAUUCCCAGCUCAACCUCCGGCGGCGACAGCCUCGCCCGAGGCCGAGGCCGACGCCGACGCGGGGGAGUCCGCCGACGAGCGGCGCCUCCGGCGGAGGAUCUCGAACCGGGAGUCCGCGAGGCGGUCCCGCGCGCGGAAGCAGCGCCGCCUCGACGAACUCGGGGACGCCGCCGCGCUCCUGGAGCGCAGGAGGCGCGAUCUGGCGGCCGGCGCGCAGGCCGCUCGCGGCCGCCUGGCCCUCGCCCUCCUCGCCAACGCCGGGCUGCGCGCCGAGGCCGCCGCGCUGUCCCGUCGGCUCGCGGCCGCCCUCCGCGCGCUCGACCUCGGUCGGCUGUACGCCGCGGCCGCUGCCGCUGCCGCCGGCAGCGUCGCCAGGCAGUUGGACAUUGAGCAGACGAUCGCCUCCUUGAUCGCGUAGGAAUUAAUGCAUUGGGCGUGCGGCGUGCACGAUCGAGCUUGUUUGAUCGGAGAACGGUGAACGCGAAAUGUUGGUGGUCCUGAAA